AUGACCAAACCACUCACCGUCUGGCUCACGCCCCCAGGUCCGAACCCAUGGAAGGCUAACAAUCCUCAGGUCAUCACGGUCCUGAAUGAACUAGGAGUCCCAUACAAUAUCCACUCGUUCAAGUUUGACGACGUGAAGAAACCGCCGUUCAUCAACAUCAACCCGAAUGGACGAGUUCCCGCGAUUGUUGACCCAAACACUGAUUUGACCCUGUGGGAAUCCGGCGCAAUCCUCCAGUAUCUCGAGGAUGUGUACGACACGGAGAAAAAGCUAACCUACACCUCCUUGAAGGAAAAACACCUUCUGAAUCAGUGGCUCCAUUUCCAGAUGAGCGGGCAGGGACCUUAUUUCGGACAGGCCGGAUGGUUCAACGUCUUGCAUGCUGAAAAACUUCCUUCCGCAAUUGAGCGGUACGAGAAUGAAGUUCAUCGCAUCCUCGGCGUGCUCAACACAGCACUAGAAGGCCGCAACUGGCUCGUCGGCGAUAAAUGCACGUUCGCUGAUUUGGCCUUCCUCCCCUGGAAUGCCCGCGUCAACAUGGUGCUUCUGACGCCUGAGGGCGAAGACCCUCUUGCGCCGUACCCGAAUGUCCAGGCCUGGCAGCGCCGCAUGGAAAUGCGCGAGUCGUGGCGUGAGGCGAUGCGUACGAGAGAUCGGCUGAUGGACGAACAGGGGCUGAUGCCGAACGGAAUGCCGAAGGGGGUAUCAAACAUGAAGGAAUAUGAGGAAUUGAUGUCAAGGCAGGCGAAAGAGAGGGAGGGGAAGUACAGAAAGGAGACUACGAACCGCCCCUGCAAUAUGAUGGCACUAAAAUCUGUCUUCCAUCUUCUAUCUACGCCCCAGAUUCAAGUUCGCUUUCUUAAAGCUCUCAGUACUAGUGCUCGAGAUUCGGUAGUAGAAGGUGGCAUGGAGGAGACCAAAGAAAUACCACCAAAGACUUAUCUAAGCACUAGAUGUCUCCUUCGACACUGCCUUUUUGACUGA